CAAGUACAAGUACCAAGUAUAUCCUAUUACCUGGCCUCUCUUAGCUUCUCCAGUCCCCUUCCUCAUAUUCUCCACUCCUCUUCCUCACAUCCUCAACAUUUCAAUAUGUCCUCCGAUAUUCCCUCCCCACCUACCAAUUCUUUGAAGUCCCCACCCCAAAUCCGGCUCAUCCCCUGGGAUCCCACCUCUCCUGCCCACAUCGAGCGACUAGUGCAGCAGCGUCACGCAUGCGGAUGGGACUGGGAAUACAUCGAAACAUGGAAAGAAAAACAAUCAAGCGGACUCUUUAACCUCCAAUGGCUCGUUCUUGACGCUUCCGACCCCUUGAACGACGCCAAGCUCCUCUCCCACACUUCCAAGUAUCCCGAAGAAGCCACCCCCAUCGUUGAUUCCGCACUUUCCUAUGGGGGAAAACCACGUUCAAUUCCAGAGCCACAAAAGUCAUUCACGCCCAUAGGCCACAUCUGUCUGGGCUCCGUGUCCCUCACCUCCGUCAACCCGGACUACCUCUCCCCCGACUUCGCCGAAACGGGCUGGUUCUGGAUCUCGAAUUUCUACGUCAGUCGUGCUCUGCAGGGUUCCGGACUGGGGAGGGCGGCCAUGGAUGCCGUGGAAGGGAUGGCGAUUAGUGAGCCGUUGAAUGCGAGGGUGUUGGCGCUGAAUGCUAUUUGUAAGGUUGAUGGGGAAAGGGAGGAGAAGUAUGGGGCGUUGGGGUUGGUGAUUCCGCCGUUUUCUAACCAGGAGUGGUAUGAGAGGAGGGGAUAUAAGGUUUAUAAGGAUGUGGAGAAGGCCUUCUCGAAGGUAGAUAGCGUGGGAAGGGUAUGGUAUUGGAAUGCUGUUUGUUUAAAGAAGGAGAUUUGAUAUUGAGGUGGGUUACGGAUCUUCGAACGUGGAACCACAAGAAAUGUUUUGUUGUUAGGGUAAGUUCCUGAUUACAAUUUCACGAUGUUCACAUGUUUAGCGGCAACAAAACCAGGCGAGAAUAGGUUCUAGGUUCACUGAGGUACGCCAAGUUCUUCAUUUUCACAGAGUUAC